GAAAUUCCUCGUGUGAUGGCUCUCCCUGGAAAGCACAUGGAGCAGCUUCGCCUUGCCCCCUCUCAAAUGCAGCCCCGCGGCCAACUGAAGAAGCCCCUCCGUGAUAUUCUGCGCGACAUUUCCCGUCGCUCCAAGGCCAAUGUGGACAUGCGCGGUGGCCCAGGUGGCUCCAUUAUUUUCGAAGGAAAGGGCUCUGUGGAUGCCGUGCGCCAGGCUCUACGGGAGGUUGCCCAGCAGGUCGGAUCCAAGCAAUCCGUCCGUGUUCCUAUCCCCACAUCCGCUCGCGCCCACAUCAUCGGUCGUCAAGGUUCCGUGAUCACGGACAUCCAGACCCGCACCGGUGCUCGUGUGCAGGUUCCCCGCGCCGAUGGCAACGCCGCUGCCGAAGAGGACGACGACGACACCAUUGACAUCUUGAUUGAGGGUGACGCCGUGGCCGCAGAGAUGGCUCGCCGCGAGAUCGAGGCAAUUGUUAAGGAGCGCGGUUCCAGCAUGAGCUUUAAGCUGAAGACUGUUCCCCCCGAAUUCUUCCCAUUCAUUGCGGGUGCACACGAUGCCAACCUCCGAGCGAUUGAGGAGCGCACAAAAGCGCAGAUCAGCGUUCCCCGCUACGAUACUUGGUCCAGCCAGCCUCCUCCCCAGGAAGCCAACCCCGGCCAGGUCCAGUUUGUUGCUUGCCCCGACAGGCAUAUUUCUAUCUCUGGAGAACGCGCUGCUGCUCAGGAGGCUCGCGCUGAGAUUGAGCGUCUGGCUGCGCAAUUGCGUCAGCAGCUGACUCUUCGCCAGCUGGCGAUCAACCGUGGCCAACACCAGUUCAUCCUGGGCAACGAGGCUGACGCUCUGCACAAAUUUAUUGCGCAGACUGGAUGCGCCGUGGUCCUGCCUCCUCCUUCUGACGAUAGCGAGUUCCUCACCAUCACUGGUCCCCUUGACCAGAUCGAGGCUGGUAUUGAACACGCCAUGGAUCUUGCUACCAGCAUGCAGAUGGCCAGCGUUGACCUGUCCCGUCAGCACCCCACAGCUCCCGCCGGCCCUCACGCCCACGCCAGUGCCUUGUCUCAGUACCUCCGCCGCCGCCAGGUCAUCAAGGAACUCGAAUCUACCUACGAUGCUCACAUCGCUCUCCCGCCAAGCGUCGGUGGUCCCGUCACCUGGGAGGUGUAUUCCCGCGACGGCAAGAACACCAUCCGCGCCCGCUCCGACAUCAUGAACCUGAUCCAGGCUCUUCCUCCUUCCAAACUCCGCCACGUUCCCGUCGAUCCGUACUUCCACCAAUACCUUCGUAACCGCAGCGCAAGCACUCUUCAGGGCGACUACGGUGUUCACUUGAUGAUUCCGGAUGACAUCGACAGCACUGAGGUUGUUCUGGUUUAUGAAGGUCCCUCUGCCACUGCCUCCCGCUUCGAGGUCCCCAGACAGCGUCCCUCCCCCGCGGAUGUUGCUGCUUUCGAGAAGAGUCUGCAGGAGGCCCAGGAGUACUUGCUGAACACCCUCGGAGACCAGAACGACAUCGUCUCCAAGUCGGUCGCCAUUCCCUCCAAGUACCAGGAGAAGGCCCGCAAGUUCAUCAACCGCGAGCAGGAGGCUAAGGGCGAGGACAGCAUCCCUGUUCGCGCCAUUGUUGGUGAAGCCAAGGGAUCCCAAUGCCAGGUCUCCCUCCGUGGUCCCUCCGCUACUGUCGCUGACCUCGUCACCAAGCUUGAGGCUUUCGUCGUCGAGCAAGAGCAGGAUGACAAGGAGCGUGGAUACAUCACCAGCUUUGACUUCCCCCAGAAGUAUGCCAACUUCCUGAUUGGCAAGCGUGGUGAGAACAUCAACAAGCUGCGUGAAGAGUUCGAUGUCGACAUCAAGGUUGAGAACGGCAAGGUUGAAGUCAAGGGCCCUAAGGCUAAGGCUGACGCCACUCGCAUGCGCAUCAUCAACAUGGGCCGCAAGCUUGAGGAUGAGACCACUCACAUCCUCAAGGUCCCCGCACAAUACCACCGUGAGCUGAUUGGACAGCGCGGAAUCCAAGUCAACAAACUCCAGGACCGUUACUCCGUCCGUGUCCAGUUCCCUCGCGCUACUGUCACCGACGAUGUCGCCGAGACUGGCAGUGAUGCUGGUGGUGCCCGCCCCAGCCGCGCCCAGCAAGGUCCCGAUGAGGUCCUGGUGAAGGGCCCCAGCAAGGGCGCUGACUCUGCCCGAGACGAGAUUCUUAGCCUGUUGCAGUGGAUCAUCGAGAACGGUCACUCCGCCGCUAUCUCUGUGGCCCAGAGCCAGGUUGCUUCUUUGAUCGGCCAGCGCGGUCGGGAGAUGGAGAAGCUUCGUGCUGAUACUGGUGCCCAGAUCGACGUGCCCAACGCCAAUGAUGCACCGGACGCAUCGGGCCGUGUUGAGAUUCGCGUCAAGGGUACCAAGCAGCAAGUUGCUGAGGCCAAGAAGAUCUUGCAGCAGCGCGCCAGCGAGUUCGACGCUACUGUUACCAAGUCUAUUGACGUUGAGAAGAAGUAUCACAAGGCCCUCAUUGGUGGAGGCGGUGCCAACAUCCGCAAGAUUGUGACUGAGGCUGGGGGUCCCAGUGACGGCAGUGCCGCCAGAAUGGUCCGCUUCCCCAAGCCCGACAGCACCGAGUCGACCAUUCGUCUCGAAGGUAACGGCAAGAUUGUCGACAGCAUCAUCGCCGCUAUCGAGGAGUUUGUAAAGGAACGCCAGGAUCAGGUCACCGAGAUUCUCGACGUCCCCACUGCCCAACACCGUCUGCUCAUCGGCCGCGGAGGUGACACCCGUCGCGGCAUCGAGUCCAAGUUCAACGUGACCCUCGACAUCCCCAAGCUUGGCUCUGGCCGUACGGACGUCAAGCUGAAGGGUCCCAGCACCGCCGUGGAAAGCGCCAAGGAGCACGUCAAGUCUAUGCUGAAGGAGCAGCACGCCGAGACCAUUGAAGUCCCCAGCCACUUGCACCACGCCGUGGCUGACAAUGGCACCAUCUUCCGCCGCUUGCGCAACGACCACCAAGUCACCGUCGACCACGCCGGUCAGCCUGUCCCCGCCAUCAAUGCCACUGAGGAAACCCGUGCCAACGGCGCGGCCAUGCCCCUGAUCACCGACGACCCCAAUGCUGCCGCCGAUGCCCACUCCUGGACCAUUGUCGACAACACCGUGCCCUCUUCCCCCUCCACUCCCUACCCCUGGGUCCUGACCGGAUCCCCCGAGAACGUCGCCAAGGCUCGCGCCGCUAUUGAGAAGGCCGUCGCCUCCGCGUCGCAGAAGUCGGCCACCGGCUAUCUCAUCUUGCCCGACCCCAAGACCUACCGCUUCGUUGUUGGCCAGGGUGGCAGCCAGAUCAACGCAAUCCGCAAGCAGACUGGCUGCCAGAUCAACGUGCCCAAGCAGCAGGCACCCGGUGAGGCAAUCCAAAUCCGCGGUAGCUCCGCCGGCCUGGAACAGGCGAAGGAGCUGAUCCUUGAAGCUGUGCAGAAUGGUCUCAACAACUUCCGUUGA